AUGCCGAGGCUGAGAACCGAAAGCUCCUUUCGACUGGUACGCGAAAGCCGCGAGGAGGCGAUCUUGCAGUUCCAGGUCCAGUGUCUCGGAGCUCCCCGGCUGCGCCCCAACCAGCUUGGUGCCUUGGUGGCCUUCAACCACGGCACCGGAGAUGUGCUGCCCAACAUGGUGGAAAUCCAAGAAGGCCUGUUGUCACGAAAAGUGGAUGGGCUGGAGAUGGGUGCCCCCUCGAUGAUGCUGGCUCGGCUGUUAGAGGUGGAGAGAGACAGCGUCUCUCGCUUCCCCCCAAUGGAGACGAGGUCAGCCUUAAGGAAAUUGAGCAUUUUUUGGGAAAGACUGGAGGAAGGCUUUGGCGUCCACGCUCCGACCAACUCCAAUCCAGGAGAAUCCGGGAGCCAAGACCUGGCGGUGGCCAACCCGGCCCCGCAAUCCGUCGCUUCCGCUGGGCCUGAAGCUCACGAAGGGCGGUCUCGUGUUGACAACCUGAGACAGCUCCGGGAAUAUCGCUGGGCGCCACAUCAGCCACUCUAG